AUGUCUUCGAAACAAGAGAUUAACACUCCAUUAGCACCACAACCGGUGGGCACAUACUCCCAGGCCAUCAAAGCCGGCAAUAUUGUCUACCUCUCGGGACAGGUAGCCACGGAUGUGAAGGCGAAUAAGUUAGUGUUGGAACCGUUUGAAGCACAGGCAGACCAGGUGUUCAAGAAUCUGAAGACA